GCUCCCUCUCUCACGUGUGUUCCCAUAUAUCCUGUGUGUUCUGGGGGGACCUCUGUGUGUGUGUGUGUGUGUGUGUGUGUAAUCAAGAGACAAGAGGAGUGUGUGUUUGAGCCCUUGCAGUACAGAGGACUGAUAACUUCACAGGAUGCAUCAGCUUCUGGUGUUGACCUUAGUGUUGGUGGCCUUCUGCUCUCUUGGGAGCACAAAUGCUUCAGCAUAUGACAAGAUAGUCACACAUAGCCGCAUACGGGCCAGGAAAGAAGGACCCAAUGUGUGUGCUUUGCAGCAAGUCCAAGGGACCAAGAAGAAGUACUUCAGCACAUGCAGGAAUUGGUACAAAGGCACCAUCUGUGGCAAGAAAGCCAUGGUUGUAUAUGAGUGCUGUCCAGGUUACAUGAAGCUGGAGGGUAUGAGAGGAUGCCCUGCUGUGGCUCCUAUUGACCAUGUGUAUGGCACACUGGGCCUCAUAAAGGCUGCAACCACACAGAAGUAUGCCGAUGUCUCAAAACUGAGAGAGGAAAUUGAGGGAAAAGGUUCCUUUACCAUGUUUGCACCCAGCAAUGAUGCCUGGGAUGAGCUGGACCGUGCUGCACGAGCUGCACUAGAGAGCAAUGUGAACAUUGAACUCUACAACGCUCUACAUUACCACAUGAUAAACCGCCGUGUCCUGACCAAAGACAUGAAGAACGGCAUGACUGUCCCGUCCAUGUACAACGAACUGGGACUGCACUUCAACCACUACCCAAAUGGGAUUGUUACAGUGAACUGUGCCAGGAUCAUUCAUGGUAACCAGCUGGCCACAAAUGGUGUGGUGCAUGUCAUUGAUCGGGUAAUCAGUGCGGUGGGGAACACCAUCAAGGAUUACUUGGAAAGCAAUGAAGAGCUUUCAACUUUCAGUACUAUGGUAGCGUCCGAUAUGAUGGACAAGCUGGGUGAGCCUGGCCAGUACACUUUGUUCGCUCCAACUAAUGAAGCCAUUGACAAACUGAACCCAGACUACAUGGAGCGCAUCAUGGAAGACAAUAAAGUUAUUGCAGCCCUGGUGAACUACCACCUGAUAAACAGUGUCCAGUGUGCGGAAGCAUUCAUGUCAGGAUCAGUGUAUGAGACAGCAGAAGGCAGCACCAUAGAGAUUGGAUGCGAUGGUGACAGUUUGACUGUAAAUGGCAUCAAGAUGGUGCUGAAGAAGGACAUUGUUGCGUCCAAUGGUGUCAUCCACCUCAUAGACCAGGUGCUGAUCCCAGACUCAGCCAAGGAAGUAAUGGAGUUAAUGGGACAGUCGCAGAGCACUUUCAGCAGCAUGGUGUUUAAACUAGGCUUAGCUGAAUCCCUGGGUCCAAAGACAGAGUACACCCUCCUAGUUCCUGUCAAUGGUGCCUUCACUAUGUCAGAUGAAGUGAUGACAACAGACCAGAGCCGGCUGAGACUCCUUUUGGAAAACCACAUCUUGAAGCUAAAAGUGAAACUGAGCGAGCUCUACAAUGAACAGAAGCUGGAAACACUCGCUGGCAAGCUGCUAAGAGUCUUCAUUUACCGCACUGCUGUGUGCAUAGAAAAUGCAUGUAUGGUGCGUGGCAGUAAGGAGGGAAGCAAUGGAGUGCUCCACUCUGUGAAGUCACUAAUCAAACUGCCUGAGAAAACUACCUAUGAGCUCCUGAUUGCUGACGGACGGUUCAAGAUUUUCCUGUCAUUGAUGGAAACAGCAGGUCUGAAUGAUCUGCUGAAGCAGGAAGGCUCUUACACCAUCUUUGCACCAACAGAUGAUGCCUUUGAAGGCCUCAGUAAAGAAGACUUUGCUCUUCUUAAAAGUGAUCUAACUGCCCUGAGAAACAUCCUGCUCUACCACUUCAGUAAUGGUAUCUUCAUCAAUGGAGGAUUAGAGGGAGGAGUUACCAAUCUACUCAAAACCUUCCAGGGCAAGAACCUACAAGUUAAAUCUGUAAACAACUCUAUCCAUGUCAACUCUGUGGAUGUGCCGAACAGUGACCUGAUGGCAACAAAUGGUGUGAUCCAUGUGGUGAAGAAUGUUCUCUAUCCUGGGGACCUUCCUGUGGGCCGUCAGGACCUCCUGGUCCUCCUGCAGAAGCUGAUUAAGUACAUUCAGAUAAAGUUUGUUUCUGGAUUUUCUUAUACUGAGAUCCCACUUACCUUCAUCAAAAGGACCAUCACAACCACUCAUUAUGUUGAAGGCCCUGAAUCAAAGGUGACCAGAGUCAUUGAAGCAGAACCAUCUAUCACCAAAGUGAUCAGGGUCAUCGAAGGGGAUCCUUCACUUACCAAAGUGACCAGGGUCAUCGAAGGGGACCCUUCACUUACCAAAGUAACCAGAGUCAUCGAAGGGGACGCUUCACUUACCAAAGUGACCAGGGUCAUCGAAGGGGACCCUUCACUUACCAAAGUAACCAGGGUCAUCGAAGGGGACCCUUCACUUACCAAAGUAACCAGGGUCAUCGAAGGGGCACCUUCACUUACCAGAGUAACCAAAGUCAUCGAAGGGGACCCUUCACUUACCAAAGUAACCAGAGUCAUCGAAGGGGACGCUUCACUUACCAAAGUGACCAGGGUCAUCGAAGGGGAUCCUUCACUUACCAAAGUAACCAGGGUCAUCGAAGGGGACCCUUCACUUACCAAAGUGACCAGGGUCAUCGAAGGGGACCCUUCACUUACCAAAGUGACCAGAGUCAUCGAAGGGGACCCUUCACUUACCAAAGUGACCAGAGUCAUCGAAGGGGACCCUUCACUUACCAAAGUGACCAGGUUCAUCGAAGGGGACCCUUCACUUACCAAAGUGACCAGGUUCAUCGAAGGGGACCCUUCACUUACCAAAGUGACCAGGGUCAUCGAAGGGGACCCUUCACUUACCAAAGUGACCAGAGUCAUCGAAGGGGACCCUUCACUUACCAAAGUGACCAGGUUCAUCGAAGGGGACCCUUCACUUACCAAAGUAACCAGGGUCAUCGAAGGGGACCCUUCACUUACCAAAGUGACCAGAGUCAUUGAAGGGGACCCUUCACUUACCAAAGUAACCAGGGUCAUCGAAGGGGACCCUUCACUUACCAAAGUAACCAGGGUCAUCGAAGGGGACCCUUCACGUCCCAAAGUGAGCAAGGUCAUUGAAGGCCAGCCUCCACGUACCAAAGUGACCAGAGUCAUUGAAGGCCAGCCUCCACGCACCAAAGUGACCAGAGUCAUUGAAGGACAGCCUCCACAUACCAAAGUGUCCAGAGUCAUUGAAGGGCAGCCUCCACGCACCAAAGUGACCAGGGUCAUUGAAGGACAGCCUUCCAUUACUAAAGUUACAAGAGUUAUUGAUGGUACUGAUGUUGAUGCAGAUGGAAAUGUAAUUAGAGGUGGAGCCAGACACACCACGGUGAACGAGCCUCAGAUCAUUGAGGGCCCAGACUUUUCUAGGAUCACUACCAUCCACGGAAACCCGAGUAUGAUUGAUGAGGAAUCUGAGAGAAUUACCAAAAUCAUUCAAGGAGGAGGCAGAUUUGCUGCUGCUAGGAAACUUCCAGUUGGAAUGAGGAGGAGGACGAGACUGGUCAGGCGUCACCACAAGCCAAGGGAGUGAAUUGCAAAAAGAUAAACACUUGGGGCUCACCGCAAGGACUGAAUGCAUCUCCAGCGCUCCUGGUCGAGCACUGGGGGAUUGAAAAACUGUGGACUGAGAUUGCAUGUUGCAGAAUGACUGUUUAAUAUUCCAUCUGAACCAUAGGUAUGUGUAAUAGCUAUACAAUUAAACUAGAGCACCCUUCAUCUUCGUAAUGUUGGUGUGCAAGGGCUAAUGAAUCUUUAAUGUGGAGCAAAUUAGGGUGAAAAAUUAGAUAUAUUCUACCACUGAGAUAUUUUUGUAAAGCCUUGUUUUUUUAAAUGUCACUUUGUAAACAAAUUGCUUGGGAAGACUUUUGUAUUGUGUUUUUGUUUUGUUUUUGUUUUUUUUCCCUAUGGUGCUCGCAUUCUGUACAUCAGAUGCAUUUGGUGGAUGAUUUCAAAUAAAAAGUUUCGAACAGUGUUUUGCUAGCUGUAGAUGCUGUACUGUACCUCUGUAAAUUAUGGCAUGAUCAUUCUAAAAUGCCAUGAUGUUUUUUUUCAGUUCUCACGACUGCUUUAGCGCCGCAGAUAUUUCAUGCUUUUGACUGGGAACUUGACUCGUGUAUCUCUAUACACAACCAGACUUCAGAAUCAUGUUUGUACCUCACAAACAAGUAACUAAUAAAUGUGUAAUUACAAGGCAGA